AUUGGAUGGAAGUAAUCCCAGGCGCGAGAACAAUAUUCAUCCAACUAUUGUGAUCUAGACAACGUACUGUACGAUUUGUAUUAUUUCGAGUAACAGUCACGCCAAAAUUUCUUUUUGCAUCCCCAUCAGAAGCGGCGACGGGACGCUUGCAUCUAUUCACUGCAAGUUUGCUGCAGACAAGCGAGGGAACAUUAACUCUGCCAGCGGACGGACCCCAACCUCUCACUUGGGUGCACCGACACGGAGAUGGGCGACCUUGUUGAGUACCUGUGCCAGAACGAGCCCAGCUUCCGCAAGGCACGCCUUCCCGCUCUUUACUCCGACUUCCUCGGCCAACGCGCCUCGAACCCCGACGGCUACGCCGCCAACGUUUCGGCAUGGCGCCGCGCCCUUGCAACUGCGGCCCGCUCCGGCUUGGUCAACGCCGCCGGCUCUGGCUCUCCAAACAUACUGGUCCUAGGCACCGAUGAGAGCCUGGUCCGCGCACUCGAGAGCAGGCAAUACGGCCGACCGCUCGCCCUGGGAGUGGUUGUGCAAGAGGCUAUGGCUGCAGGCGACCUUAUACCGCUCAAGGAUUUCCUGAGCGCCAAGCAGAGCAUAUACGAUAAGUCAUCCUCAUGGGGAGCAUUGCCGCUAAAUGUUGUCAGUUGGGGAUUCAGGCAGCUAGGGGCCAUGGCGGGCCUGGGAGGACCAUCCGAGAAGAUGCCGAAGGCGCAGCUUGUUGUUGUUGCUAAUUUGGAACUGGCUGCAAAAGCUUUUGUUGAAAAGACGGCGGAUGCAAACUCGAGAUUUGAACGCACGUGGUCGAAGCCUCAUUUUCUCAAAACCUUCGCGGCAUCUUUGCUGCCAUCUGGACCCUCAGGACCUAUGACUCUGUCUGCGACCGACGUCGAUGUUCUGCUGACUUUUUUGUCAAGGGAUAAAGACUUGGUGGUUUAUGAUGGCAACACAAUUAGGAUGAAAGAUGCCGCCGGCCAGGAAUCAUCCACGAUCACACAGGAGGACGUAGCGAUCGCACAACUGAAGGAGUUGAGGGAGUAUCUGGCGCACCAAACGCGCAUUCUCGAGCGUCGCAUCGAGGACCUCGCCGCCGCUGCCAAAGAUGCGGUCGGUAAGAAGAACCGCGUCUCGGCACUCGCGGCACUCAAGUCCAAAAAACUUGCCGAGACGUCACUAGCGAGCAGAUUUGCCACGCUGUCCCAGCUGGAGGAGGUUGCGUCUCGCAUCGAGCAGGCAGCAGAUCAGGUGCAGCUGGUCAAGGUCAUGGACACGAGCACGGAGGCACUGCGGGGUCUCAACGAGCAGAUCGGCGGGGUCGAGCGCGUCGAAGAUGUCGUCGACCGCCUGCGGGAACAGAUGGAUGCGGUCGACGAGGUUGGAACCAUCCUUGCCGAGUCGGGACCGGUGCUGGACGAAGGCGAGCUCGACGACGAGUUGGCCGCUCUCGAGGGAGAAGAAAAGAGGAAGGAAGAGGAGGCAGCCGAGCGCGUGCGCAAGGAGGCCGAGGCGGCGAAAGAAGCCCAGCAAAUCAAGGAGGCCGAGGAGCUGCGCCAAAAGCUCAAUGCCAUCGAGCAAGUUCCUACGUCACUUCCAGGGACUAAGGAUCCGGCAGUUACGGACACACAGCCAGAAGGCCCGUCCAGAUUGGACUCUGUUGAGAGGGACACAGUUGAAGUUCUCCGAAAAUUGUCUCUUGAGGAAGAUCGACAGGCACUGCCUGCUGUCUGAUAAACAAAUUGCACAUUCUCAACUUACAGGUAAUAAGCAUCUACACGGAGUACAGCGGACUUUGUUUUCUUGGAGGGGUAGGCUUGAUUUUAAUACGUCAUCGUUGUCAUUAUCAAAGUAUUUGACCCUUUGUUGGUCAAGAUCAUGUACUACUACAAUUCCGGAGUAUGAUAUAUAUCUUUUUUGGUAAAUCUGAGCUGGUGAAUCUUUGAAACAUUAAUUCGUAAUCAUGACUGCGCUUUCUCUGG